AUGUCGUCCAAUACACCCAUCGCAGGCCAGAAUGGCAUCGCCGCUACAAACGGCACCAAUGGUACCACCAACGGCACUCCUCGUGCCAGGAUUUGCGUCUUCUGUGGCUCCAGCGGCGGCGCCAGCCCUGCACACAUGGAGGCAGCUCGACAACUAGGCAGAGUAAUGGCCGAGAACAACAUUGACUUGGUAUACGGCGGUGGUACAGUCGGCCUCAUGGGCGAGGUCGCCAAAACGGUCUGCUCCAUCAACGGGCCCGAGUCGGUCCACGGCAUCAUUCCCGAAGCCCUAGUCAGAUAUGAGCGAGACGGCACCUAUCAAACCGUCAACAUCAACAACCAAGUCGUUCCAACCGAGUCCGUCUACGGGCGCACCACUGUUGUCAAGGACAUGCACACCAGGAAGAAGCUCAUGGCCGAGGAGGUCUUCAACGGCGGGCCCGGCAGCGGCUUCAUUGGCCUGAGCGGUGGUUACGGCACCAUGGAAGAAGUAUUCGAAGUCAUUACAUGGAAUCAGCUGGGCAUCCACACCAAGGGCAUCUGCCUGCUCAAUAUUGAGGGAUACUGGGACGGAAUUGUACAGUGGGUAGCCAAGGCAUCCGAGCAAGGCUUCGUCAAGCCAGGUAACGAGAGUAUCGUGGUUUCUGCGUCCGACGCAGAGGGUGCGGUCAAGGCGUUGCGAGACUACAAAGUUUCUGAAGCUACUUUCAAGCUUCAGUGGGGCAAACAAUAG